AUGGAAACAGCUAAUAAUAAUCAGCUAAAAUCCAUGGAGAAAAAUGAUGACUUUUUAGUAAUUUCCACUAGUGAAAAUGCUAAGAAAAAAAUCAUUACAACAAAUAAUAAUAACAACAAGAAAUUAUCAUCAUCAUCAAAUUCUUCUUCUUCUUCUUCUUCACUAAUAAGAAGUUGUCAAGCUGAGAAAUGUAAUGUUGAUUUAAGUGAUGCUAAGCAAUACCAUAAGAGGCAUAAAGUCUGUGAAUAUCAUGCUAAAGCUCAAGUCGUCAUCGUCGCUGGACUCCGCCAACGUUUCUGUCAACAAUGCAGCCGAUUUCAUGAGCUAACGGAAUUUGAUGAAUCGAAAAGGAGUUGCCGGAGACGUUUGGCUGGACACAACGAAAGGCGAAGAAAGAUUACAUCGUCGUCAUCGUCUUCAUCAUCUACAGAUCAGUCUCAUAGAAUUCAUAUAUCUAUCCAAGAAAAUUCAACUCACAAAAACUUCCAUCUACGUUGAAAAAAUGCAUAUUUUAUAUAAUAAUUUGCUCUCUCUCUUCUGUCAUAAAUCUGUUUCUAAAAUAAUAAUCAUCAUUCACAUACCAUCCCGUGAUAAUUAAGUACAAUAAAGUACUUUCGAGCUUGUUGCAGUACGUACUGUACUUGUAGUAGGACAGAAGAUUUAUUGCGAUCGCGAUACACUGUGUGAAGUUAUAGUAUAUAUAAAUGUUAUGCAAGGAAAGAGAGGUGGGGAAUGACGAGCUAUGGACUUUAAUUUUAUUAUUGUGUUUUUAUAGAUGUAUUGUAAGAAGUUUUAAGAAGAUAUGCUCCUAUAAUUGUUAAGUUAAUUUGAGUUUGUAAGUUUUAUGGGAGAAAUAUGUAUCCCAUUAAUACAUUAAUCAUAUAUAA